AAAUGACAGAACUAUAAAAAUAAAUUCUUUACUUGAAUCAGUUUCGUAGUCGAUCUUCUAUCGCACCCGUUGACGAACUGGACAUAAUCACCGACAUUAAGUUAAAAAACGGUGUAAUCGAAAAGAAUAAAAAAAGAAAGGAACGUGUAUAAUAACGGAAGGAUUUUAAUUGAAGAUGAGGAUACGUCGCGUCGCGGUCGCCGUGGGUAACGCGUGUUGUUGCCCCUGGGUGUAGUACUGUACCGUAGUAGUGCAAACUCCAUAAUCGAGCUGAAAAGGAGGAAAGAGAAGGGAAGACAGUGAGGGCGGGAGAGAAAGUGAUAGAAGAACAGAGAAGAGGGACGGUGUGCAGUGGGAAAAGGAGAGAGCCGGUGGGAUAAGGACGGAAUAGUGAAAGGAAGAAGAGUGAGAAGGUAGAUUCGGGUGGGAAGAGGAACAAGCGAGAAGAGAGUGGACAAGCGUUGACCGGAGAUCGGAGACUUCCAAGUUCCAAAGGCCUUAGCCUCGGUAUCCUGAAGAGACAGACUGGAACUAGGGAGGAGGAGAGCGAGAACGGCGACCAAGGAAAAGAGAGAAGGAGAAUAAUGCGGAUCCGUUGCUUCCGCCUCGAUCAACAGGACGUUCGGAUCUGCUCGUAAUUUCGCGAGGAGGUCUAACGAAUGGUGUGAGAUGAAUCGAGGAAGAAGAAGAAGAUCGACCGUCGCGUUAAAAGUAUGGAUAGGUGUCUCCCUGAUACUGUUUGGCACCGCAGUCGCAGAGAUCUCGGUAGAUUCAUCGAAGAGGUUUGAAAACUCGCAGGAAAAUGUACCUGGAGCCCCGAUAUUCGAUAAAGACGAAACCGCCGUGAACGGAGCGUCCAUAACCGAUUUAGAGGCCGUUGAAAGGCGAGAUAAACUAAUUUCCUCGUCGGAUUCGAUCGCGGACCGUUCCGUCGACGAUGGUCGAGCACAGCGCGAGGUGAAAGUGGCUGCGAGCCACGGAAUCGGGUCGAGCCUCGGAUCAUCGACCUCGAACGGGAGAGAGGAUGCUUUCCAGGCUCUAGCUGACCACAGGACUUCCUCCAGGAGCAACGACGGGAUAAUUGCUUUUGCGAAUUCCGGCGACAUCCAAGAUUUGGAUAAUCGUCAAAGUGGAAAUUACGAACACCUGGCAAAUGUGAUUGCGUCUCUCAGUAAACCGAUUUACUCACAGCCUCGGAGACCUUCGGACGCUGACGACUUUACUCCGACUGGUCCCGUUGAAUCUGAAAGCGGAAACGAUAAUGAGGUAGUCGUGACACCGUCGGAAAAGAGGUCCAGGCUGAAGGCUGAAAGUUUUCCUGCAAAAGUGACAAACUUGAAAUCAAAAGUAAUUAGCGAGGAUAAUUUUUCAUCGUCGAGGACAGAUGAAAAGAGACUCGAAAGUAGCACGGGCACUUUUCUUAAAGAAAAACGUGACGAAGUCGAGAAAGUUGAAAGAAGAAAAAGUGCAGAAAACCGUAAGGUCGAGACGCAGGAGUUUAAGAAACGACGAAGAAGGUCUGAAGGUCCCAUAAAGAACGGCGAAGUCUCGGAUCUUGAGAAACCAGACGAUCCUAUAUCGUUAAUAAACGACACUUACGUUAAUUAUAAUACGAACAAUAAACAGAGGAGUAAGGGGAAGAAUUUCGAUGGGAAGACAUCGAAGGACGUCACUGAUUCGAUCUUUGUCCGAGAGCUGACUCGCGGACCCAAGGAAGAGGUGGAAGUGGUUAACAACGUGACUGAUUCUGUUUUAGAUCGUAUCGUUGAGUCACAGUACCAAAACUCGACCGCGGAGGACUUAAAUGAGCUGAACGUCGAGUCGCAAUCUCAAAACUCGACCCUGAACAGAUCAACCGUAAAUGUAACGCUUAAAGCCUUGAACGAAUUUAAUCAAGGACCGAACGUUGACUCACCGUCCCAGAAUUCAACAUCGGAGAGUGUCAACGAGUUUGAUCUUGAACCAGAAUCCCCAAACGUGAAUUCUGAUAAGACAGAUAAAAACUCGACUGUGAAAGAAUUAGAUCAAUCUUAUAUAGAAACGAAAUCUGCAACUUCAUCCGUGAAAGCAUUGAAUUUAGUGAACAAAGAAUUAGAUGGAACUACGAACGAGUCGGACGAUUUAAACCUGGAAGUGACAAGUGCAAACAAGGAAGCAGGAAUUACGACCCAAGGGACAGUCUCGGUGGAGGAGAGUUCUCAAUUUCAAGGAUCGUCUAGUCCAGUUCCCAAGGGAAGAACCAUAGCGUUUUCCGCGGUGAACGAGUUUUCCGAUUCGAAAGUGAAACCUACGAUCUCUUCCUUGAGGCUCGAGUUCUCGUCGAAGAAGGAAGCCACGGAAAUACCGUAUCCUUACACGAAAUUCGGUCAGAACGACUUCUUGGCGAGUUCCAACGGCAGUGAUCGAAAUCGUUUCACCGAUCAAACAAACAACAAUAACAACAACGACGAAGUCAUCCCUUUAGAGAAUACGAUAGUCAAAGGGAAAUCUGAUGAGAAGUUCACAGUCACCGAAGCUUCAGACGUUUUAGAAAAUAGUAUACAAUUAAAGGCGGUGUACCACGACAAGAACGAAUCGUCGACUGCUUCGACGGCUUCUCUGACGAAGUUGAAUUACGAGAAAGAUGAAGUUGAUCAGAAAUCAGAAAAUGGGAAUAAAACAGAUGAUAGGUUGGUUGAAAAAUCUGUACAAGAACCGACGGAUAACUUGAGAAAUGUUGUCGAGAAGAAGCACGAUGGAGAAACUAAUUUAAAGUCGAAUGAGAAAUCAGAGAACGUGGAUAAUGUCAUAGAUAAAAAGAACGAAGCUGGGUUAAAAUCGAAAGAAAAUUCUAAGAACACGCCGGAGAACUCGGGGAACGUUAUCGAGGAAAAAGUUGAAACAGCGACUAGUUUGAAGCCAGAAGAUAAGUCGGGAAAAUUGGAAAUUAUCGAGAAACAAGAUGAAGAGGAAGCGAGUUUAAAAUCGAAAGAAGUGUUGGAAAAGAAAUCUGACAAUAUUAUAGGAAAUUUAGACGAACGGGAAGCUGCAUUGAGAUCGAAAGAAAAAUCAGAGAAAUCUGGGAGCAACGUCAUAAAAGGAUUGACUGAAAAAGAGAGCGAUUUAAAAUCUAAGGAAGAAAAAUUGGAGGAGCCCGAUGAUGAAAAGCUGAAUGGAAAAUCGAAAGAUAACGAAGUUCCGAAAUGGAGUCAGGAAAGCGUGGACGUGACUGGAAACGGUAUAACGGAAGUCACUUCCAUACCGGAAAACUCGCAUAGGAAAGUUUCUGUCCAAACGACAGGAAACCCGUUGGAACCGGAAACCGACGGAACACCGUCUUUACUCAUACGUUCUGCUCUGAAUGCCACUGAAAUUUCAACGGAAUACUCGUUAAUUAAAGGGAGUUCACCUGAAGAUUCUCACGGGGAAACCACUACGUCUGGAAAUUCUGAUUUAGAGACCAUUGGAAACAAUUCGAUAAAUUUAGAACCUAAAGAAAAUAUAACAGAACCUGAGAUUUCGCAAUCGAGCUCGAAUCGCAGUAACGAGAUCCCAUCUGGCAGCUUCAAUCCCAACGAGAACCCAUCGACAACAAGCAUCGAGUUCGAAUUCGUUGGUUUAACCGAGUCUACUACUGUUUUAACUCAAAACAUCACCGAAGAGGCCGGAUCGACCAGCGAGAGUUCAACACUUCUGCCGACCACGAAUGAUUCCAAGAAUCUAAGUAAAUCGAGUGAGACCGAGGCGGUCAUUGACAACAGAGAAUCUAGCAUAGAUUCAUCCGAAGAUACGACGAUUUCUAUUUUGACGACGAGCUUUGCAACAUUUGAAUUCACAAGCCAGUCGAGUAAUUUUGAUCAAGAAACGAGAGAAGAAGAAACAACGAGUAAGAAGGACGAAACUCGAGGAAUUAAUAGUGCUACAAAUACUUGGACCGAGGAGAACAUUCCUGUUACUACUACUAUAAAAAUAGAACAAACUAUUUCAGAAUCAAAGGACUCGAUCGAAAAUGUGACAGAAAUUCCUACGGAAUCUACUUCGAUGAUAAAUAUCAAUGCGACAGAUACUGUGGUACCUUACAUCUCAAAAGAGGAAUCAAGUCCAAUUGAAAAUACUAGUAAACCAAUUGAGGGUAUUUUAACAACGAGCCCCGUCAUUCCAACAGAGAAAAUUCACGAGAAGUCAUCGAAUGAACAGAUAACUUCGCUGGUUAGGAUUGAUAUGGCUGAUAGCUGGUACGAGGUUUGCCCCAAAAUUGAUAAAUUGUGGAAGACUUUAGCUGAUAUCUUAACCACAGGCACCAACAAAUCAGUGACCGAUAAACAGAUUAAAUUAUAUCAAGAUCCAUGUCAAGAAUCACCGAGCUCGACGCCAACAUCAUCGGAAAUGCCUCUAACGUCAAUAUUAGUUUACGUGGUCGACGAGAACGGGAGAUUCGAUAGCAACAUGACUAAAAUCCUGGCCACCUUGGGUGAGAACUCGAAAGUCGAGUUCCCAGUCACAGAAACGGUUCCGGACUCCGGAAACGCGAUAGCGGUCGUAGUGGUCUCGUCGGUCGCCUUUAUUUGCCUCGUUCUCCUCGCCGGCCUCUUGUUCAUAAUGAGGAAGAGGCAAACGAGGUUCAACUAUGGCGAACGAUGUCGACCUGUUUCCUUGGAUGCAUACAGUUUGGACAGCGUUUCUGCUUACAACAGCGUCAGGCGAAAAGGUGUCGCGAGAUCGUCGAAGAGGAGCUACGGCAAUCCUACUUUCGAGGACUCGACCGUGAUACCCUCUCAUCCCCUAAAUUUCGCCGGCCUCUCGUCAUUCUGCAACGAUACGAACGCGAUUAACGAGGAAUUUGGAAAUAUUCCACAAAUGACAGCAAAGAUAGACGAGUUGCCACCGGGAGCGGAAUUGAAGAAUCGGUACGCGAACGGGAUCCCGCUUCCCGAGACGAGGGUCAUGCUGCAGAAGAUUAAUAACGAUCCUCUCACCGAGUAUAUCAACGCCAGUUACGUUAGGGGUCCAAAAAAUGCUACCAAAUAUUACAUAGCUUGCCAAGCUCCCAUGGAAUCGACGGUGACUGACUUCUGGAGAUUGAUCUGGGAACAGCAGUGCAAAGUCAUAAUUAUGUUAACGGACUUGAUUGAAAACGGUGUGGAGAGGUGCACGGAGUAUAUUCCACCCUCCGAAGUUACCGAUUGCCAUCGGCUGUACGGCGAUUUUCAAGUCACUUUGAAGAAAAGGGAGACUAAAGAAAAAUAUGCUAUCUCCACUUUACACUUAAAAAACCUGGAGAACAACACUUACAGAGAAGUGUACCACAUUUGGUACCUUUGGCCAGUUGACGGGGUCCAGUCGGACGGUGCAGGGUUGAUAGCUGUUUUGCUAGAAGCAAGAGCACUUCAGAGGGGCGGACCUGGGCCGAUAGUGGUCCACUGUAGUCCAGGGACAGGUAGAACCGGAACGUUAAUAGCUUUAGACUUGGGUAUCAGGCAGUAUGAGAUUACGAGGACCGUAGAUGUGCCCAGGGUGGUUUAUACUAUCAGGAGGGACAGGGCUGGUGCUGUUCAGACUAAG